UUCAUUUUUUAUAUGCUCAUGAAAACAGGUGCACCGAACUUGAAUAAUUUGUUAGUCUGAGGAUGUCAAGGCUGCACGACUUCUUACUUAUUAGAUCAGUACGACGGCAAGGAUAAGAACAAAUUAGGUCAUCCUUAAUCACCGGUAAUUUUUACUAGUACCCAAAAUAACCACGAAAAGAAAAGAAAAGGUUACCUGUGAGCAGCGUUACUGGACCUCUCUCAACUCCCCACACCAUGUCAUUGAAUACAACGGUUCUCCUUGCUAAUGCGACUUUUUCCAAUUUCGUGCAAGAAACUCUUCCAAACAAGAUCAUUAAGGUAAUGGUGUACUGCAUACUAUUUGUAGUGUCAUUCACUGGUAACCUGCUUAUUGUAUGGGCAACAAGUAGAGACAAUCGACUAAGAAGUACGACCAAUAUUCUGAUUGCCAACAUGGCGGUCAGUGAUCUUCUCGUUCCAUUAUUCUCGACGCCAAGAAAUAUCUCCUUUAUCAUCUUUUAUCGAGGAAUAUGGCUGAUUGACGGUGACUUUGGACUUGCUCUUUGUAAGCUCGCAUUUUACCUGCAAGACGUUUCUUUAGGUGUUUCGAUUUACAGCUGUGUGUUUAUCGCUCUCGAUCGCUUCUACGCUGUAGUUCAUCCACUCAGAGGAGGUUUGAGCAAGGGAAAACUCAAGUAUAUCAUGGUAGGGAUCUGGAUGUUUUCCCUGGCCAUGUUUUGUACAUAUUUCUUUACUUUUACGCUCGUAAAGACAGGAGAUUCCACACGGUGCAUCAUGGAUUUCACAAGAAUCGGUGUAACAACAAUCCUACUCUAUAGAACUUAUUAUUUUGUAAUCAUUGCGCUUAAUUUUGGAAUCCCAUUACCUAUCAUCUCUUUCCUCUACUUACGCAUCGUUCUCAAGCUCCGACAAACUGCAGUACCAGGACAAGCAGGGAACAUUUCCUCUGUGAGGGAGCGUCAAAACAAGAAUGCUCUCAAAAUGUCCGCCGUUAUUGUCAGCGUUUUCUUCCUUAGCAAUUUACUUUUAGUAGUAGUCUAUAUUCUGACAAUUUUUGGAAAACUCGAUAGCUUAUCAUCGCCUGCAAAGAUCGAUAUAUUUUUCUCGGCGUCAUUCAUGGCCGAAUCGAGUUGCUGCUACAACUUCUUCAUCUAUUUGGUGUUCACUAACGUUUAUCGACAAAAUUUCAGAAAUAUGUUUUCAAAAUGCACCUCUGUCAAUCCUUGUUUAGGAAGACUUCGCACCAAUUCCUUUUCUCUUGGGAGUGUGGCAACAGUCGCUGAACAGGGACAAGUCAACGUGAUUAGAAUACAUGACCAUAAUUAACUUGGAUACUAAGGCGGGACAAAUCAACUUGAUAACUAUAACUGACCUAAAUUAACAUGGAUAUUGUAUGAAACUCACUAAGGUUAUGGUAUGUAUGGUAAACUUAUAAUAAGGCCGGAGAAGUACGCUUAGGCUAAGGUCAAGCGUCGAACUUCACUUGAGCCAUAACUGAACGAAAUAAGUUCAUGUGAAGUUCGACGUUUGAAUUGGCCCAAAUAAGCUCGACCAUUUGAAUUUGGACCGAUUUAGUCGAACUUCACUGACGACUUGGUCAGUCGGGAAGAACGACUUUAGAUCGAGGUGCUUAUGAGACUCAGAAAUAUGUUGCCAACAAUAGCUAAGUUAAGGAUUUAUAAAUCAUUUAUUCUAUCGCAACUUACGUAUUGCCAUACCGUCUGGCACUUCUGUCGCGCCUCGGAUACUAGGAAGCUAGAACCAUUGCAAGAACGCGCAUUAAGGGCCAUUUACUGCGAUAGGAGUAGCUCAUACGAGCAGCUUUUAAAGGAGGCAAAACUUCCAACAUCGCAAAAUUGUAGGCUACAGGAUAUAGCGCAAAUUAUGUAUAAGGUCAAAAACCAUCCGGCUCCACCCUUUAUCUGACCGUUUUCAUGGCAAUGGGUGUAGGUAUGACCUUAGAAAUUCAGAUGACUUCUCAAUACCAAGAUUAAACACUAUAAUAUAUGGGAGGCACAGUAUUAGGUAUAUGGGUCCUUUCAUUUGGUCAAAGCUUGAUAAAUCGCUCAAAAUGAUUGAAUCAAUUAAUAUAUUUAGAAAUCAAGUAAGGAAGUUGGACUUGGCCAUGACUAUCUCUACUCAGGAGUGUAUAGACUGCUUUUUGUGUCUAAAUUAAUUCAUGUCCCUACUUGAUCUAUUGAAUAAUUCAAUUUUAUAGAGUUUAGGUAU